CCGCCGGCUCGGCUCCCCCCGUGGCCCCGCGGGGCGGCGCGAGGACUUGGCGGCGGCCCCCUCCCCGCGGGCCCCGGGAGCCUGGCGCCGGCAGGGGCCGCACCUCCGGGACCGGGCAGCGCGGCCGAGAAAUCGCUGGCUGGACAUCCAGAGCACCUAGCCUGUUUUUUUCUGCGUCUUGAAUUGAGCAUUAACAGGACUCUUGAAGAAUACAUCCUGCAGAAAGUAGCUUAAGCUAGAAAGGACUGCCUGUGACACCUGCCUACUAUCUAUAAAGCACUCAUUCCUCUUUCAAAUAGGAGAAAGGCAUUUUAAAAGAAACCCAUAAGAUUUCUUAUAAUGGAUUGCCUUCGAAAUGAAAAUGAAGCAUAUGAAUACAUUUUCUAAAUGACCUUGGAGAAUGACAUUGAAGAAUCCAUCAUGGAUUGAGAUUUGACCUGCUAUUUUUCUCCUACCAAUUUUAGCUCUGCCUGCAGUGGAACACAAAGACCUGGAGGAGACUCCCACAUCCUUCGGGGAGAAGAAAGGAGGCGGCGGAGCCGAUCCGGGGAGCUCGUGGCUCGUGGCCUUCGGGAGGGGGGGAGGUGCCCCGCGGGCGGGCGGGCGGCGGCGGCAGCGGGCGAGCCCCGGGAUGCGGCGGCGCCGCGGCGGCGCCCGCUGACGCCCCGACCCCCGGCGCCGUCCGCUGCCCUUUGUGCUUCGGGUACAUGUGCCUGCCCAGCGCACCCGCAGGCGCCCAGACCGGAAUCCAACACGGCCGCCGGGGAGAGACCGCCCGCCAUGCCCACGGAGACCCUGCAGACAGGUAGCAUGGUGAAGCCGGUCAGCCCCGCGGGCACCUUCACCUCGGCCGUCCCGCUGCGCAUCCUCAACAAAGGGCCCGACUACUUCCGCCGGCAGGCCGAGCCCAACCCCAAGAGGCUGAGCGCCGUGGAGAGGCUGGAGGCGGACAAGGCCAAGUACGUCAAGAGCCAGGAGGUCAUCAACGCCAAGCAGGAGCCCGUGAAGCCGGCCGUGCUGGCCAAGCCCCCCGUGUGCCCCGCCGCCAAGCGCGCCCUGGGCAGCCCCACGCUGCGGGUGCUGGGCGGCCACGCCAAGGCCGAGGGCGGCGUGCAGCGCGAGACGCUGAAGCUCGAGAUCCUGCGAAACAUCCUCAACAGCUCCGAGGGCUCCAGCUCGGGCGCGGCGCACAAGCUCGGCGCGCGCAACUGGCCGCCGCCCCGGCCCGACGCGCCCGACCCGCACCGGCACUCGUUCGCCGAGUCCCUCAAGGUGUACCCCACGCAGGGCCGCGGCAGCCCGCAGGAGGGCGGCUCCCACGCGGCCAGGCGGCUGCCGGAGCCCGCGGCCGACGCCCUCCUGCACGUCUCGCACAGCUCCUCGGACGUGCGCAGGGCGACCGGCGCCAAGCCGCUCCGCGCCCUGCCCUGCAGCAGCUCCGCCCCGCCCCUGCCGCCCAAACCCGUGGGCGCGGCCGUGGGCGCGGGCGCGGGCGCGGGCGCGGCGGCCGCCAAGCCCCCCGAGGCCGCCGAGGCCGCGGAGCCGGCCUGCGGGGUCAGCCGCAGGCCCUCGCUGCAGCGGUCCAAGUCGGACUUGAGCGACAGGUACUUCCGCGUGGACGCCGACGUGGAGCGCUUCUUCAACUACUGCGGACUGGACCCCGAGGAGCUGGAGAACCUGGGCAUGGAAAACUUUGCCAGGGCCAAUUCCGACAUCAUCUCCCUCAACUUCCGCAGCGCCAGCAUGAUCAGCUCAGACUGCGAACAGUCUCAGGACAGUAACAGUGACCUUAGAAACGAUGACAGUGCCAAUGACCGGGUGCCCUACGGCAUCUCUGCCAUCGAAAGAAACGCUAGGAUCAUCAAGUGGUUGUAUAGCAUCAAACAGGCUAGAGAGUCACAGAAGGUCUCCCACGUGUAAGACGCACGUGCGCGCCGAGGAGGGACGGGGGGGGGGGUCCCUGUCCGUGCAUCCGAAGUCGUGAAGGUUGUGAGGUCUCCCCCCAGUGCCCUGAGCUCCUGCGCUCCCUCUGCGUGGCCCGUUGUGCAAUGUCUCCAAGUUGCAUGCCUGUCAACACGGGGGCUGACCUGGCCCCCGCGCCCACCGUCGCUGCAGAGCCUGGCCGCACACGACACGGCGCCACCGGCCCGGGGUUUCGGGCCAGAAUCCGAUUAGGGCUUCGAUCUUAAGCAAAACUGUUUACACGAAAACGGUAUACGACUUCUUCAGUAUUUAUGUGGUUCUUGUGUUUUUAUAUCCCGCGCUAUUGUGUCUUAAUUAAAAGUCUUAUCAACUGGCUUUUAAGUUGAGAGUAGAAUCUUUUUGAAAUAUAAAAAGCCAAUUUGCCUACGGGUGAGACCGAAACAGUGGGGAAAAUCGGUGGGAUCCGCCACCAGACAGAUAACAGUGACUGACCUAAAAGAGAACCGGGCCAACGUUUUCUGAGAAAGAAAGCGGUGAGCCUGAUGUUCGUCGCUUGCAUAUUGGAGUUCUCCCCGCCACUCGCUUUCAAGUGAUGGUUGGGGACCUCAGUGCUACGUUUCGUGUCCGAUUUAAGUGUGUAAAUGUUGGUGCUUCUGUGUGACACUGACCCCAGGGAAAGACAAUCAGAAACCAUGAAGGUGAUUAAAGCUAAGAGUUUGGGGGGAGGGGGUCGGGGGGUUUUGUUGAUACUGCUCUGAUUUGGCUUGAUUCCGAAAGUUCUACUAUUAAUCAUUCGAUGGCGAUGGCCAUCCUAAAGCUGAUACUAAAUGUCUUUAAAAAAAAAAAAAGUCGUUUGUUUUUUGAUCAAGAACUAAUUCUAUGCUGACUCUCUUCCCUCUCUCCCUCCCUCCCCCUGUUGUUGGUUUUUUUCCCCGGGAGAGGGGCGCUGGGGGCUUGUGCAGGGUCGAGCUAUGGGAAGACAUGAACGAAUGGGAACACCAGCCCUAUCGGUAUAGAGCCUCCCACGUAAAAGGGGAUCCCUUUCGCAGCUGAACCCUAUCUGAGCAGUGCGAUUGUGUUGUCUUGCAUAUGUUACCCUCCUCCUAGUGUUACGGCACUAGAAAGCUCUGGAAGCAAGAUGCCAUGCCAUGUAGCUCUUCCACCCUUUGGUCUCUAUCGACUUAUUUCCAUUCUCCCCAGUAACCUGUCUUGCGGGUGGUUCGUUAGCUGUGGACCAGCUGACAGUUGUGGUGCGGUGGCCGGGAGGGAAACGUGUAGCCGUCUGCUCCAUUGCUCUGUGGUCCUGCUCUGAACCUCUCAGCAACGCUACCUUAGACUUCAUCAGCUAACGGGCAACUUUUUAUGGUGUGUAAAUGCUGUAAGACUUUGUACAUACUUCAGUUGUUAUGAAAUCUUUAAGAAAAAAAAAAGAAAAAGUGACGCUAAUAAAUAGCUCUGGUGCAGGCACUAAUGGUGGUGGUUUCUCUUUGUCCUUUUCUUUGCUCCGGCCCCGAAAAGUUUGACUUUGGACUGUGAGCCAGAAAGCAGAUUUUUGAUAGUCU